UUGCAUAUACUGUUGAUUGAAAUGCUAAAUUAGUUGCCUCCUUGCAAUCAAAUGGUUUAUAACCCAAAUCCCGAAGGGUGAUAUGAAGUACAAGGGCUGGCUACUGUUUCCUGUGUCAAAAAUGAGUCCAAGUAUAUGUAAUCUAUUUGAAUUUUAAGGGUUGAACUUAAGGUUAUUUGAAUUGAGUUAAAUUUCAACUCGUUAAAGUCUUAACCUAUUUUAAAAGAAAUCAUUUGAGUCUGAUUUAAUCCCGUUUUGAAACUCCACUAUACUAUUUGUAUAUAAAUAGGUUUACAUUUAUUUCAAUGGUUCAAAUAUACCCCUGUAUCAGCAUUGUAAAAGAUGUCCAUCUAAUACUAACACAUUAAUGAGGUGGACGUCGCAUGGCAUACCCUGCCAACGCCGAUAUCGCUUUUCAAUAUCAACUCUUAUCGCAUCAAUCAAUCGGUCAACUUUAGAAAACCGUCGAAUUGUUGUCAACUCAUUUACUUAUUCUCCCUCCACCUUCACCAUCAUUGUUAUUUUAAAAUGAAAUGGAGAGGAUACUUGUUAUGAAUAUCAAUUCUAAAGUAUUAAUCUAUCACCAAUAUGCCAACUAGUGUCAUAUUAAGACGUGCUUAAGAGUAUUAACUAACAUCAUGUGUUAUCCAACCUAACCCAAGAAAAUAAUUUUAUUUUUUUCUUAUAUUAUUAAAGAAGCACCAAUACAUUAUCUGUUGACUAAGCAAAAAGUUCUUUACUCUUCAGCAUUCAUCCAUGUGCUUUUGGCACAAAACCAUCCGGAUUUUCUGUUUAUUUAUUGUCGUUUUGUUUCUUCUAAGAGUGAUACACUUCGUACGUGUAUAUUUGGACCAUUUUAUCUGACUUUUUUUUUUAUUGAGAAAACGUUAUUUUGAUAGACGAGUCAUUGUGUUUCGAAAUACAAUCCGAAAAUAAUAUAGAAAGUUGUGCCCUGGCUAGUUGUGCUCUAGCUAUGAGUGAGAUGAUGUGGUCAAAAUUGAGGGGGUAAAAGAAAGUGGAUAUUCAGGGGUGUAGCUAAUAGCCAUCCCCAACUGGACAUCCUUAUAUAAAUGUUAAAUUCUAAUGGAUAUAUAUUUAAAGUUUGACAUUCUUUGACAAAACAGUAGUAAUGAAUAUUUAUUUGAAUUAAAGAAUUUUCGCAUUCAAACUCAAAAUAGCAUAGUAUGUUUUUUUUUACAACAACACACCAUUAUUCUUUGACAUCUUUAUUGUUUUAUUUUGACAUAGUUAUUCUUGAACACCCAUAUUAUUUUAUUUUGACAUCGACACAUCAUUAUUUUUGGACAAAACUUCUGGCUAUGAUAAUAUUUUUUUAUUAGCAGAAUAAUAUAUGUGUCAUGUUUAAGCCUUCCCACAUUUCCAUCGCUUUAUUUACAUAAUUCCAACAAUUUUAAAACUUCCCCUUCACAAAUGUACAACAAAUAAAGAGAUGCGCAAGAAUAUUUUAAUGUUACUACUACUUUCAUUGAAUGUAAAAGCUGAAGAUUUGCCAACUUAUUCUUCACAAGAUGUUGUUAGCAGUUUCCAACCAAGUCUUGCUGUUGUUAUUGUUGUCCUCUUCAUCAUGUUUUCACUAACUUUUGUUAUACUCUUCUAUGCCAAGUUUUGUCAUAGGACAUCUUCUGAUGAUGGGGGACAGCUUGUUAGAUCAGUGUCUCAUUCCUCAGGUAUCGAUAAAACUGUGGUGGAAUCACUCCCUAUUUUUCGAUUCUCUUUACUAAGAGGAUCAAAACAAGGACUUGAAUGUUGUGUUUGUUUAUCAAAAUUUGAAGAUAUUGAAAUUCUUAGAUUGAUUCCAAUGUGCAAACAUGCAUUCCACAUUAAAUGUAUUGAUGAAUGGCUGGAAAGACAUUCGACCUGCCCUCUUUGUAGGCAUAAGAUAAGUUGUGAAGACCUUUCAUUGCUUACCUAUUCAGGUAGUUUGAGAUUCUUGCGGAGUCAGUCAAUAAGAGAUGAGGAAUCAAACAUGGAAAUCUAUAUUGAAAGGGAGGACAAUGAAUCUGAAGAGUUGCUAAUACAAGGAAAAGCACUAGAUAGGUUCAAUCAUAGGAUCAUAGUAUCAGAUGUUGUGUUCAAGAAUCGAUGGAGCAAUGUCACUUCUUCAGACCUGAUAUUCUUGAAUUCAGAAAUGCUUAAUGGCAUAACAAGCAACAGAUUCUCAUCAAUGGAUACAACUUGCGAACAAUCCAGAGUAAUAGAAGAAGAUCAAUCAAUCAAUAUAAAGGAUGAGAAGAGAUCCAUGUCAGAAAUAAUAGUGUAUUCAAGAUUCAACAACAGGAACCGAGAGCUUUCAGUUCGAGAUGAAAGGAGGAGGAAGCUUUGGCUUCCAAUUGCAAGGAGAACAGUCAAGUGGUUUGCUAAUAGGGAAACAACAGAAAAUAGAACACAAACACUAAAUGUAUAGAGAAAACAGGCAAUUUUACCAUCAAGGCUUCAAUAUAUCAUCAUGACCUUUGCUCCAGUUUGCAGAUCUUCGAGACUAGCUAUUUGAAGGAAAAAAUAAAUUCUUCAAUUCUGUUUUAGUUGAAAUCUUAUUUUAGAUGGGACCAUUUGUCAAACUAAAGAUUGAUGUAUAUAUGAAAUUAAAAAAAAAAAAUUAC